GGAUCUACGUCUAGACACGAGUUGGAAUCGCCGGCGUCAACUGUCAAACACAGACUCAAACAUUGUCAAACAUCAUUUGAUACAUCCGCCCGUCGUGCGGUUUUAACACGAAUUUUCCGUAAUUACUGGAAUGAGGCACUAAAUUGAGCAACACACUGUAAAUAGGCGCACCCCAUUUCGGUUGUUAUUACUAAAAAUCGCUUCGGCUCGCAUGCGGCAUCUCUCACUUUAGUAAACAGGCGUGAUACAUUGGAUUUUGGGGUUAUGGCUAGUGGGUCGACACGCCGAAUUUUGGUGGAAACUCGGAAUUUAUCAAAGGACCCACCCCCGGGCAUCAGCGCCACCCCCGACGAUGGCAACUGCAGGUAUUUCCACGUUGUGAUGGCCGGACCAGCCGGCUCGCCCUACGAAGGGGGCUUGUUCAAGUUGGAGCUGUUCCUGCCAGAGAACUACCCACUGUCCCCACCGAACGUGCGCUUUUUGACCAAAAUCUACCAUCCGAACAUCGAUAAGUUGGGCAGAAUAUGCCUGGACAUUUUAAAGGAUCAGUGGUCGCCUGCUCUGCAGGUCCGCACCGUUUUGCUCUCCAUCCAGGCACUGUUGAGCAGCCCCAACCCGGACGAUCCGCUGGCUAACGACGUGGCAAACUUGUGGAAAUCGCGCGAGCAGGAGGCAGUAAUUCGGGCCAAAGAAUGGACGAGGCUGUACGCGAUGGAAUAGCCACUCGAGUGCGGUGCCACUCAGAGAUUCUCUGUGAUAAACUAAAGUGUUUGAACAAAAAAUACCGCUUUCCUCUAGUUUUCUUUGUAUGUACUUUUCAAGGCUGAUCGUUUAGUGCAACAGGAAGUCGCCCCUUUUAUCGAUACUGAUGUAUUGAUAAGACGCUGCAUUCACCAUUUUUUAUUGGGUCAAGUUCUUGCUGCAUUAAACUAAACAACCACAAAAUUAGAAUGUUAGAACCAGCAUUCCGUGAGAAUUUUUUGCAAUUUGAUUAUCCACGUGCAUUUUACUGAAUAAACGAUGAUUUGAAAA